AUGGAUUCCCUACCUGAAGAGAUUGUCAGCAUCAUCAUGGCCAAUGCCACGGCGCACGAACUCACUCAGCUAUCUCGAACCUGUAAAAGACUCAACAGACUUGCUGAGCCUCUGUUAUGGACCAAUAUCGGGUUCCACCAGUAUACAUUCUACGAGGCUUACAACUCGAACCAGCCCUCACCCAUAAUUUCUACGUCACACCGCUUUGACUACUGGGACGCUGGAUACCUGGGGCAAUGGAAGGCGCAAGCAUUCUUCGCUAUGCUGCAUGAUAUGUUGUUCGAGGACAUUGGCCGGCUGAAACAACUGUGUUCACGAGUUGAGUCUAUCUGCACGAUGAUUCGCUCCAAGAUCGACCUUUGGCAAAUCAUACCAUAUUUUACCAACGUCAAGGCUCUUGAGAUAUAUGGAGACCCCCUUUACUUCGACCAGCAUGCGCAUAGGUCUUUUUGCCCAUCCGCUCCUAAACUCACGAAGCUCCGUUAUGUAAAGCUCGAGGGCUCUAUACCUACGGCCGUUGCCAAAUGGAUAUUGGAGUCGUGCUCAACCGUCGAGCGAUUGGAGCUCGGACUACUUGACAAACCGAUAGAAUCAAGAGCAACUUUGGAGAACGACUUUCCACGCCUGCCCGAAGAUAUCUACAGUCCACCUGAUGACCCUACGUAUGGUAGACUUCGUGGAUGGGCUGUCAUACCCAGACCGUUAUCUGGCUUCUUCCCAUUUCAUAACGACGCGCCCCCUUCUAGAUUGCCAAGACUACGGCACUUACAUCUCUGGCAGCCAUCCCAAAGUUACCUGUCAGCAAGAAUGGUCAGCUAUUUCUGGUCAACAAGUGCUGAGGUUUCCGCCCAUAAAGAUUGGGAGAAUGUUUUACAAGCCUCGCGUGAAACGCUUGAGACGCUAUCGGUAGAGCAACGAAUUGGGAUAGAGCAUGGAGACGGCGCCGUUGAUGAUGCAGAAGGGUUCUUUAGAAGUGACCAGGACGGUCUCGGUAGCGAGAGGUUGAUGAACAUGCUCGAGAGAGCUUUGACGGCAUGUGAGUUUCCUGCUUUGAAGCGCGUUUAUCUGACGGGAAUUGUUGUUGGGUCGAAGAGACGUGGCGAGCCGAUUGGAGAUGUUCCCGGAGGUCAGUUUAUGAGGUUUCUUGAGAACAAGGGCAUAGCUUGCGAGGCCAGACUUGGGGAAGGGCUUUGGUUUGAUGGCGAGGAGGGGACUGCCGAAUGGGACGCUAGCGAUGAUGAUUGGGAGCUGGAACCUUUAGCAAGUGUGGAUGGUCAGCUAUGA